AUGCAACCCUCCCCCUCAUCCCUCUCUCGAGCAGGUCCUUCCUCCUCACAUACUUCUACCCCACUCCCACCAUCCGGUAAACCCGAUAGACUCUACGUGGGUAACUUAGCUCCGACAGUGGACGAAUACACUCUCAUCCAGAUAUUAGGAAAGUAUGGGAAAGUCACUAAACUGGAUUUUAUAUUCCAUAGGAAUGGACCUUUGAAAGGUAAACCUAGAGGAUAUGCUUUUGUCGAGUAUUCGGAUAAAGACGACGCUUUAAAAGCUAUGAUAAAGCUUCAUAAUCGUUUACUCCGUGGUAGAAAUUUAGUAGUAACCCCUGCUAACUCGGCUCCACCUACUGAUAUGCCUUCACUUCAUAAAGGUCGUCGUGAUCCACCGAAAACUACCACUUUGUCGUUACUCAAAGCUUCCAAGAAACCUCAAAGCGCCGCGGCACAGAUAGCAGCUAUGGAAGCGAAAUUAGCUACCAUGGCCCGUCAUAAACCUCAAGAUGAGACAUACGUCCCUGGUCAAAGAAUCACUUCUGGACCUUCAUCUCCCAGGAUGUCGAACCUAGAAACACUUAGUUCACCCACCAUGGCAGAUGGGGAUGGUGUGGAUGUCGAAGAGAAUCUUGGAUCGGAUGCGGCGGCUAAGGCUGCAGAGGAAUUGGAGAGGGAGAUGGAGGUGGAGCUGGCAGAGAGGGAUCGUGAAAAGGUUGAGGUAUCGACGAAAACUGCUGAAGGAGGAUCUGGGAGACAGAUCUCAAGUGAGAGUCAACGGAGGGGUUUGGCGAGUUUGCCGCCAAGACCUAUACUUGAUCUUGACGAACCUCUUCAUCUCCAUAUCCUCACUUCUCUUGCUUCAAACCUCGCCAAAUAUCCGACAUCCACAUCUGAUAACUCUCAAGAAUCCAUCUCCAUCUUACUAAAAGGUCUUCCACAAUCACCAACCAUACAACAAGUAGAAGAAGAAUGGUCUGAAUUCGAGAUAAACCGUUCUAUCUCUUACGCCCACUACGUAUCUUCUCUCCCUCUCAACUCUCCUUAUUUGUCUUCCUCUCUGCCCAAGUUGAGAACCUUAUUGGAUGGGCUUUUGGCACAUAACAAAUCUUGCAAGACUGAUUCUCCCUCUUCUUCUGCAGGUAGGACAAUUGUCACAUCUCUGGGAACCUCCGCUCAGGCUCAACUGUGUGAAAGUCUACUUGGUGCCGUAUUUUGGGUAGGAUGGGGAGUGGAUUAUCUUCGUCAAGAUGUUAUUCAGAUCUUGGUCGAUUUACUCGAUACUAUCGGAGAGAUGAUGAAAGCGGAUGGACCACAUACUUUCCCCCUGGUUCUCCUCACUUCCAUUCAUUCGGUCCUCUCUCGAUGUCCUCUACCCGGUAUCCCAACCCAGCUACUCCCCACUUUGAUGGACAAAACACUGUUAAUUGCGGGACCUGCCAAUCUUGUAAAGUUGUUGAGAUACGGUUCUAAUCCCAACACUCCUGCUGAAUACCGUCUUUCACCGUUCACACCACCUCAUCCCCAAACUCCAGGAGCUGUGGUUCUUCUCAUUUCUGAGAUUAUGGGGAUUUUCUUAGCUACUGCUCUAUUACCUCUUACGACACCUCAUCAGCACGAUUUCGCUCGACAGAUAGAGAUCCAAAACCUCGCGCAUUCCGCUGGAAAAUCACCCGUUUUGAGUCAACAGAUUGAAAGUCUGAUCAGGGAAGAGAUCAACCAAGAUGCUUAUCGUCUCUCUGCGAGUGAAUAUGGCGAGGAAACUUUGGGAAAUGCUAAAGCUAUGGCCAUGAGAUGGUGGAGUGAACUUAUGGGUGUUGGGGAAGGUACAGGGAUAACUCGUCGGAAUAGUGUUUUCAAUAUGGGUGGCGUGGAACAUGACGAAGAGAUUGAUUUACGAGUUUCAGUCUUGCAUUUACUGAAUUUCUUCAACCUGCAUGAGAAACAAAAAGAUGAGGCUCAACUUGCUCGAUUGAAGUUGUUAUUAUCGGAAAAUAGCACAGUGGGAGAUUCCAAAAUUCUCGAAGCGGCUUUCAUCUGUACUUCCAUCUUGGUGAGGAACGAACCUUCUCUUGGAGCUGGAAUGGCACAUCAUAUUCGACGACUACUCACCAGUCCUUUACCGGCUUUCGAAGGUGAGAUGGCGGCUUUCAAGACUGAAGUACCCCCUGCCGUUAUGGCCGCCUCUCAGUGUUUGGCUAUUUGUAUUCAGUCUGCUCCGAAUGAUGACCUAAUUUCGUCAACCUUGUACUCUCUCUUAAAUCUUUUGACUCAUGGAGGAGGAUCGAGCAUCGCUCCAGGCCAAUUGCUGGGAUCGUCUAUACCUCAUCGUACCAGUCCUUCUUCUCGAACCGACACCACCGACAGAGCCACCGUGAAAUCCGAUGCUUCCGUCAAAAGAACCGAAGAACAACGUCGUUUGGUCGCUGUCACUGCCGUACAAGUGGUUUCACGUCUAGCAUUAGACAUCGGAAGAGACGAUAUCAUUCAUCUUAGCAUAUCAAUGUUAUUGCAACGAUUACGAGGAGUUGAUUUCAUCAUCGAAGCUACUAUAGCUAUCAGUCUAGUACCUCUAGCUCUUGCCAGUAACAAUUCCGAUCUUGUCGAUGUUUAUCGAGCUUUCUCUCAAAUUUCACGUUCGGCUCAUCCUGAAGAUCCUCGUAUGGCUUCCAAUGCUGUAUUAGCCGCUCAAACCACGCUCGCCAAAGGCAUGUCUGAACGUCUUGAUUGUGCCGAUGGAUAUCUAGUCGAAUUACUCACUCUUUUUGCCGACAAGGGAACUCAAACUCAAAUGAUCGCCAUGGCUCCAUACGGUUUCGAUACUCGAGAUAAAGAAAAAUUGGCACAUUUGAAAGAAGAUAGCGAAGCCAGAGUAUCCGAUAUGAAAUCUUGGCUUGCGGCAUUACUCAUUCCUAUAUCUUCUCUACUCUCUCAUUCAAAUUAUAAUCCAUCAAAAUCACCUUCUCCAGAAUUAGUCUCACAUUUCAGGAACCUAUGGUUUUUAUGCGUAGCAUUCAAUAUAUCAUCUUGGAAACAUAAAAAACUUUCAGAUCACGAACAAAAUGCUUUGAAUAUAAUAGCUGAAAAAUCUCCUGCUUUAUUAUUGGAAUCAAUGACGGAUUAUGUAGCUUCGGAAUUAGAAUAUAAUUCUGUCAUUCGGAAAGAUUUCGCUCAAUCCAUUCAACAAUAUCAACGUUCAAUCUUACCUGAUUAUCUACCACAACGACAUUCACAUCAUAUAAGAUCAAUGUCAGUACCACAAAUGACAUUCUUGAUGGCUAUAUACGAUCUCGAAAAUCUUCGUACUUUAAGAUAUCGACCUUCGGUUUUAUUACAAUAUUUUUCAAACGAAAGUGUCAAUAAUAGUUUAUUACAUUCUCCGUUGGAGGCUUCGGGUAAUAAAAUAAUUUCAAACUUUUUAAAACAAUUGAGUAAACAAGUGGUACUUCAUUCUUUACCUCAUAUCGUUUCGGAUGAAGUUUGUGAGAUUUUAAAAGCUUGCACACAUAGGUUUAGGAAAGUAAGGGAGAUGGCUUUGAAAUAUGCUAGAGGUGUUUUGGAAACUUUUUCAGCUUUGAUGUGCGAUAAGAAAGUGGUUUGGACUUUGUUGGAAAUCCUUACUUUGAUGAGAAGGAGUUGUGAGUUGCAAUAUACCGACGAGUAUUCUCCGGUAUACGAAUUUCAUUCCGACAAAUUAGACUUGACACUUCAACUAACUGAAGAUUAUUCAGUCAGAAACGAAAUCGUUACACAAUUACAUACAGUCGCUAAAUCUUGGCUCACCCUCGCUAUUUCUCGCGCACCUAUAGAAGUUCAAUCAACACUUCAAUCUUAUCUCUCCGAAUCAAGAGAUGUUUUACUGAUUGAUAGUGUUGAAAUGGGAGCUGGAUUAGCAUUACAUUUCUCCAAAGUUAUUUCCAAAUUGGAUAGACAAGAAAUGUUGAUGCCUAAUAUUGGAGGAUGGCCUGGUGAUUGUUCGAAUUUGGUCGCUAGUCAAUAUGCCGCUAAGAAUUAUUUUGUUGGGGAAUUAAGUGGGGUUAGACAUGUUGUUGAGCAAGGCCUGAAGAACCUACAGAAAGACGCCCCUCUUCAUUCGUCCGAAGAAGAACUUUUAGCGUUCAAAUCUCAGAUGGCUCAAGCGGUAACCAACAUACGUAAUAAACAACAACCUUUUUCCGUCCCUGAAGUCAGACGAAUACUUCUACGUGCAGCUUCUGUCUUGACAGCUUCGCCUAAAUAUGAUGGGCCACAUCUUGUUCUCUGCUUCACCGACGAGAUACUUCCGAUACAUCACCAUGGCUCCAAAGCCUUGGAAACGGCUACUCUGGAGAAAGUUCGGAAUGGUUCAUUCAGUGAUCAGAGAUAUCAGAGAUGGACGGUCGAAGUGGUUCAACCAAUCGAUAGUGAUAUCAUCCAUUAUCUCGUCGAACUUCCCAUGACAGCUUUCACACCACUUGCCAUCGCCGCCGGAGUGGACGCUUGGACUUGGUUACUUCGACAAAGACCAGAAGCUGAAGUGGCUGUUAUUGGGGAAAUCGCUGCGGGAUGGAUAGAGACUGUGAGGGCUGGGAAAGGAAUGUUCAGUACUUCCAUGAACCAUUUCCUCACUUCUAUGGACCUGCCCUUAUCUCCAAACCACCUUUUUACCACCACACCACCACCACCACCACCACCACCACCACCACCACCACCACCACCACCACCACCACCACCAUCAGCCGCGCUCUCCUACACCGACCCUUUUGAGAAACAAAUCCAAUAUGCACCUUCGGAAAAGAAAGUCUUGGAUUUAGAACUUGCCAAAGCUCGUAAACUUCUCCGACCACAUCUUCUACUCAUUCAAGUGUUAUCUAGUCAAUUCCAAGCUAUUAAAUACCGUCAACCAGGUAUAAUGGUCUCUCUCAUUCGUUUGAUGAUGAGAUCUCUUGGUGCUCAUAAGAAAAUGAGCACUCAUCCACUUGCUAGAGAAGUCAGGUUUUCGUUAUUGUUGUUUGGGUUUCAGAUGCUUGCUAGUAGUAAGAUGGAAGCGCUUUUGGAAUUAAGGUUUAGGGAUAGGUUGUUCACUGCUGCUUUUUCUUGGUUCUCUGUCAGACCUCAUGGAAGAGAGAUUAAACUUCUCCAAGAUUUCCUGGUUGCUGCUCAAGAGGAUCAGAUAAGAGGAGAUCAUUCCACCUCGUCUUUCGACGAUCGCAAUCCUGCUCUUCUCGUACGAGUCAACAAAGCUUGGCGCAUGUCUCCAGCCAUGGCGGUACAUAUGGGUGAACGUUUCAAACAUCUUACAGUCCAAAACGAGCUGGUCCGUCUCGUACGCAACAAUCCGAAAUCCGUAAUGAACGUCCCUGAGGCUUUACAUUAUCUUCUAGGGGAUAGAUUGGAUUCUGGGGUCCAAGCAGCUUUACAAUGGUUACCAUUAUGGGCAGAGGUACCACCAGUAACGGCUUUAAUGUAUUUCCAACCGAGGUUUGGGAAUCAUCCUUUGAUUUUGCAAUACGCUAUGAGGGUGUUGGAACAACAUGAAGUGGAUUUAACGUUUUUCUUCGUUCCUCAGGUCGUACAAGCUUUGAGGUCGGAUGCACUUGGAUACGUUGAGAGAUUCAUCUUUGAGACUUCACAGAUAUCUCAGUUGUUUUGUCAUCAGAUUAUUUGGAAUAUGAAGGCUAAUACUUAUAAGGAUGAUAAUGCUUCCGAAGAAGAUUCAAUGAAACCACUCCUGGACAGAAUGAUCAACAUGAUCGUUGCCGGUCUCAACGGUAAAGCUCGUGAUUUCUACGACACAGAAUUCAGCUUUUUCAACGAAAUCACUUCCAUCUCAGGUAAAUUAAGACCUUAUAUCAAGAAAUCCAAGCCGGAGAAAAAAGCAAAGAUCGAUGAAGAAAUGGAAAAGAUUGAAUUGAAGAUCGGUGUUUAUUUACCUUCAAAUCCAGAUGGAAACGUUGUGGAUUUAGAUCGUAAAUCCGGCAGACCACUUCAAUCACAUGCCAAAGCCCCAUUCAUGGCUACUUUCAAAGUCAGAAGAACUAGGAUCGAUUUACCUACGGAUUCAAAUAUCGAGAUUUCUGAUGAAGCUGAAAUGGUGACUAGUACUUUGGACGUUUGGCAAUCUGCUAUUUUCAAAGUUGGAGAUGAUUGUCGACAAGAUGUUUUGGCUUUACAGGUUAUUGCGAUGUUCAAGAAUGUUUUUGAUUCGGUUGGAUUAUCUUUAUAUUUGUUUCCUUAUAGGGUUACUGCUACUGCUCCUGGAUGCGGAGUAAUCGACGUUGUACCCAACGCGACAUCUCGAGACGAAAUGGGUAGAGCCAAAAUAAACGAUUUAUUCUCUUAUUUCGUUGAUAAAUACGGUGGGAUCGAUACCUUGACAUUUCAAAAAGCGAGAUUAAAUUUCAUUCAAUCAAUGGCAGCGUAUUCCAUAGCAUGUUUCAUACUUCAAAUAAAAGAUCGUCAUAACGGUAAUAUAAUGAUCGAUUCAAAAGGUCAUAUAGUUCAUGUUGAUUUCGGUUUUUUAUUCGAUAUAGGACCUGGAGGUAUAAAAUUUGAACCUUCUUCUUUUAAAUUAAAUCAUGAAAUGGUUUAUUUAAUGGGAGGUAAAGAUUCUCAAGGAUAUAAAAUGUUUGUAGAAUUAACUGUUAAAGCUUUUUUAUCAAUCAGACCACAUGCUGGACAAUUAUGCGAUACGGUGGGUUUAAUGUUAGGUACAGGUUUGCCUAGUUUUAAAGGUGAAGGUACUAUAAAAAGGUUGAAGGAAAGGUUUCAACUACAUUUGACGGAAGAGGUGCGGCGGAUUUCAUGUUGGGUAUCAUUAGGAAUGCUCAUGAGAAUGUGA